AUGACAAGUGCAGACAAUACCUGGAACUCUGUCUUGGGUGUCCCAGAGUCGGGGCAGGGGCAGCAUUGGAAGGGGGAACAUUUAAAACGGGAGGUUUGGGGGUCAGAUUGCAAAUUCAAUUUUGGAUGUCCUAACCAAAUCCAGCUCUUGUCCCAAACCAGGAAUCAGAAGAAAAACCACUCCAGCAAGCUGCAAGAGCUGGCAUUGCUGCUACCUGUGGCCCCGAAGACUGGCACCAAGAAGCUCACCAAGAAGGAGAUUCUGCUUCACGUCCUGCACUACAUUCAGUACCUCCAAAGAAGCAUCGAUGUGGCCAAGGCCUUGCUCAAAUUCCACACCAGCGAUGGGGAAGGUGGACUUGGGGGGCUGGGUCGGAACCCAGCUGUGGGCCCAGCCAGGCGGAAACACUCCACCCCCUCCAGCUCCCCGUGCUCUCGGAAGUCUCGUCUUUGGGGGGCCUGCCGGAAACCUCGGAAGAAGAAGCUGACUCGAGCACCAGAACGUCAGACCCGGGACCAGAAACCUCGCCGCUCCCUGGCCCUAGACAAACCUGAGAAGACGGUGACCACGUCCCCAGACCAGAAAGAAGGAAACGUGGGGGGGCUUACCACUCCUCCAAGAUGCCCAGACCCCUGGUGUGACCUCAAAGCUGCAUUUGCCUCAUUUCAAGGCGAUGGAGAAGGAGGAAGAUCCCAGCUGACGUUGCUGGAUAUAGCUGAAAACAUCGUCCUUGGUGACAUCGCAAGCUGCUGUUGUGCAAACAGUGCCCAGGAUGGAGAGCCUGACCCUGCUUUGGAGGCCCAGAGAGGGGCUGAAGGGAUCCAUUUCCUAAGCAGGAUACACCCCUAUUCCAGGCAGAAGCUGGUCUUCUGUGAUUCCAGUGAGGAGGUGGACAAGGAAGUCCCAGAUGCUGACCCGUGGCUUCCUGCCUGGACCCCAGAGGGCAGCCCUCAUGGGAGCCCAGUGGCCUUGGGGCCUCCCCAAAUCAAUAAUUGGAGUGUGACAGGCCUCCCAACUGAGAUCCUAGGACUAAGUCCUUCCCUCUUCAGCUCUCCGGGAAAAUUGCUGCCAGAACAGAUCUUGGAGGAUGGCAAUGAGUACCUGACCCAAGCUGGCCUCUUUGAAGAAGUGCUCUUAGAGCCUGAGUCUCGACCUUCUGCCUGUACCCUUGAGGCACCCCAAAAGAAGAGCGUACCUCUAGAGGCUCCUGAAGCGCCCCCUGACUCCCACAGCCUGUGCCAGUCCUCGGUCUCACUGGACCACUGCUACCUCUCUUUGAGUGAGGCCAGCAAGGUGCAGUCCAGCCCCAGCACUGAGGAGAGCGACUCGGAGUCCCUGUGGGGGCAGGAAGAGGACUUGCAGGUCGACCCUGAGGGCUUGCAGUCCUCUAGUGACGAGGAUGACGACUAUACAUGGACCCCCACCCGGAGGGCCUCAACCCUGCCCACAGGUGGGAGAAAGAGCAGGAAGGGCCGGACUAGCAAGGGCCCCUCGAAGCCCAAGGAGAGCAAGAAAGCCCCGUGUCCUACCCAGAUGAAGAAAAAGUGUGUGAACGGCUUCAUCAUGUUCUGCAGGAUGAACCGGAAGCAGUACAUUAGAGCCUGCCCUGGGACUGCAUCCACAGCGGCCACCAAGGAACUGGCCCAGCUGUGGCGGGUGAUGACCCCACAGGAGCGGAGACCAUACUGCAUCAAGGCCCGCAGGUUCAGCCGCCAGCAUAACCGCAUUGUGAAGCAGGAGAACUCCAGCAGUGAGGACGAGGACUGGGAGACCCCCAAGCCUUUCUACCAGCUGCUGGCGGAGAAGGCACACAGCAACCCAGACCUGCCCCCCCUGCCACCUCUUCACCCCCAGGGAGAGGGCUGUCCACCUGGGCGAGCUCCCUCACCUCAGCUUCUGCAGCACUCCUCGGAAACCAGGAGCCCGUGGUGA